GUUCAUAUGCACUAUCGGCUUGUUCUUAAGGAGGCUGGUGUUUCCCUGGACUACCUCAAGAACUCGUCUGAAUUGGUUCAUGCUGGUCGCGAUCUGAUCGUGCUACAAGCUAUCCGGGAUGCCUUCGAGAUCCAUCUACUUCAUCGGGACGUCAGUUUUGCCAAUGUCGUGCUUUUCCGCGAAAAGAAGGGAGACCGCCGCCUGGGGCUGUUAACGGACUGGGACUUCUCUUGCACCACCAACGAGAACGGCGUUGCGAGCGAUGCGCACAGAACUGGGACUUUCCCCUUCAUGUCUCUCAAUGUUAUAAGCUGCUCCCCAGGGUUUCGCCAUACUGUGCAAGAUGACAUGGAGUCUUUGGCCUAUGUUCUCCUGUUUUGUUCCAUGACUCUCCUUGAACAC